GCUCAAGGGGCAAAGAUGGGGCCUUGGCCAGACCCGAGGUGACAGGUGAUGAGGGCCUUGUGGCUGGGGUUGGUCCUGGGCCCCUUGGGGUGCAGAGCGCAGACGCAGUACUUCGAGGUGCUGCAGUACCGGGGCCCUUCCCAAUGCACAAGAUGUCAGUGUCUGAACCAGAACUCGGAGGUGUGCAGAGAGCUUCGGUCGGGCUUCUUCUUGAGAGAGAAGGGCUGCCAGGACACGAAGAUCUGUACCAACUGCGCCUAUGGCAAUGGCACAGCUCCCACCACCUGUGUGUGCGAGAAUCCGCCCUUCUCGGUGCCAGCCAAGUACAAUGAAGAGUGCGGCAUGGGCAAGGAGUGUGCUGAGGGCGAAGGCAUUUGCUACCGGCCGUGUAUGACUUUCUUGCACGUGACCUCCUGCCCAGUCGACUACUGUCAGUGGAACAGACUGACCCUGAUAUGCGAAGAUAGGUCAAUGGACAUGCCCACGGUCUAUUGGCGUGACACCAGCGUAGGUGCAACGGUGACCGAGAAGGCCGUAGAGAUCAUCCAGAGGACGGAGCCUGCCGCCGCAUACUUCCCGAUGAGCUUUGCCGCUUUCCGGAAGAGCGCGGAAGGGUUCCGGAUCGAAGGUGUUCUGAUUGAGAACAUCACUCAGCCGGACGCGUUGUUCUUGCAGCUGGACACAAACAUUGAUGGCGAGCUCAGCGUGCAAGAGUUUGCGCACAUUGGAACCGUAUUUCAGUCGCUGAGCAAUGCAGUGCUGGAGAUGAGGACAACACAGGCUGCUGCCCGGCGUCUUCAGGAAAGCGUCCCGAAGCAGCAAGCCACGCCGGAGGUGUGCAAUGCUCGAAAUCCGCGGCAGUAUUUCUGCAGCUUCGAUGCAGAUUGCAAGAUGGAUUGCAAGGCUUGCGGCUGGAAGAGCGCCACAGACCGUGCCUUCUCGGUGUGCGUGCAGCCUUCGCCAGAGGUGUGCCAUGCGGAUGGUGGGCAGGUCUUUUGCCCUUCGGACGAUCAAUGCCACCCGCCUGGUGACUGCAGCAACUGUGUAGAUAGGACGGUUGUCGACCACGCACAGUAUACUUGCUUGGCGCUUUGGUGGGAUCCUAAGCCUUUAACUGAGUGGACAAACUGGGUUUGCCGCUGGCGGAACAAGGUGGGCAUGCCUUGCAACUUCGACCAGGACUGCAUCUAUGGGAUGCGGCGAUGCCUGAGCGGGAAUUGCAUGCCCUUCCAGCCGUACAACGCGAACCAAACCUGCGCGAGCGACUUCGAUUGCCCUCAUCUUGGUUUCUAUUGUCCUUCCGACCCCACUGGCGGUCAGAAUCCCUACUGGGUGCAGUACUGCAGAGCCCAGCGCAGCGAAGGCAUGACCUGCGCGGAGGACCGCGAGUGCCAGCCUGGGAUGCGCUGCAACACCGGGGAGCCCCAGCCUCGGUGUCGGAGCCUCUUCUCCCUGGACAUAGGUGCUUUGGCAGCUGAAGAUGUGUUCUGCCAGUUCGGAUGGCGUGACAGGGACGGCAAAUGCGCUCCUCCGGCGCAGUCGAAGCAGGCGGGCAGAAGUUGCGACAGUGACCUCGACUGUGAGACUACAGACGAGACCGGGCGGACUGGUAGUUGCACGUGCAAGGCCUGGUGGGACAAAGACGACCCCAAGUACUGCAAACCAGUCUCUGGCGACUUCGCUCGACAUCAAGAAGCUCUUCGCAACUACCUCUGGUUCAGGGCUUCCAGAUGCGGAACCUUCUGGACGGAAAAGGAGUGCCUGCGCAUCUUCGGAAAUGAGGCCAUGCGACUCAAGCUGGCUGUGCAGUGCGAAGAGCAGCAGCUGUCCGGGGGUCCAUACGGUCCGCCGGAAGAGUGUGGUAUUGUCGAUAAUGAGCGCUUCGGAGACUUCUGUGCUAUGAUGGAUAUGCUCUGAGAAUGGACACAUCGGCUUCUGCUGGGGGUCCAACAGCCUC